GCCCUGGGCUGGCGCUUAGCUCCUGCGGCCGCGGACUCGGCGGCCGCGGGUCUUGGGCUGCCCCAGGCGCAGGUGGCGGCCGGGAGGGCGGAUGGACUGCCGCGGUGGGGCCGGGGCAUCUGGGUACGGCGAAGAGGGCGAGGACGACGAGGAGAAAGAGGAGGAGGAGGAGGAGCGAGAGGGUGACCCUGCGAGCUCGCAGAGACCCAAACUGCCCCCCAUAGCAGGCAACGCCUUAGAACUGAGCAAACAGAAGGUGAAGAAGAAAAGGAAGAAGAAGAAGACGAAAGGGUCGGGCAAGGGGGACGCAGAUAAACAUCAGAGUCGAGGCCUGAAGGAUCAGCAGCUGUCCUCAUCCUUCCACGACAUCUUAAGUCCCCGCAAAGAUCCCGGCCUGAGACCAGAGCGCAAGCAGGACAAAGCUGAAAGCAAGCCCACGCCCCCUUACUCCUCCACUCGAAGUCUCCGCUCUGUCGCUGAAAUAGAAGAGCACCUCGCCAAGCAGGUCAACGAAAGCCUGCGUUGGGAUGGAAUUCUCGCCGACCCGGAGGCAGAGAAGGAAAGGAUUCGCGUAUAUAAACUGAACCGGAGGAAGCGGUACCGGCUCUUGGCCCUGAAGGGCCUCCACCCUGACCCGUGUGCCGAGGAGGACCCGGAGAGCCGACCCUACCUCCCGGAGAUAGACGGUGGCCCCAACGGCAGGAAAGCCCACCACCCCGACCCCUUCUUCCGAGGCACCGUCACACAUUCUGACCUGGCUCUGCCAGAGUGACCAUCCACCCCCGACACCGACCGGCUUGCGCGUUGUCCUCCCCACAGGUUUACCCGUUAGAAAAGAAUAAUAAAAAGAAAUCGGACCUCCGUCGGAAGGAA